AGUCAGUACGGUCUACUACCACCACCAAAAACGGCACCACCGUCACCAACACCAUAUCGCAGCCAGCAGUACCAACCCAAGCGUCAGUCAACCGGGAAAGCGAGCCUACCAUUCGAUCAAGCUCGUCUUCCAAUAUCUUUGACCCUUUGUCUCAAACUGACGCAUUGUCCCAAACUGAUGCUUCUGUCCAACAAACAGACCUUGCGCGACCUCUUCUCAACAAUGUCAACAGCUUCGCCGAGAACACGAUAGUCGACAUCAAUAGACAGUGGUCCAAGGCGUUGGGAAUAAGAUCCCCAGAAAUGAGGCCGUUCACGCCCAAACCCACGUUUGAUUAUCCGAUUCCCAUCAACAGAGCUCUUUCUUUUAACCGGCAACUUGAGAUGAGCUCCCGUGGCAUUGAUAUGUCUAUGUCCAACUCCAACAGCGACCUCGAUGCCGCCAAUGCGGCCAAUGCUCUGGCGGCCUCGGCCAUUUCUGCCAGUCCAUCAGCUCUUCCAAGCACCUUGUCGGAUGCAACGGUUGAUUCGCUCGAAAAACGCAAACUCGACUCGGGUUUGUUGUCGCUGGUACUCAACUCGGUGGAAACCAUGGAACAAGAAGAUGCAAACUUCAGCCGGUUGAUUCACGAGACCACCAAUUCGGUGGUGAGUUCAUCUACGCAUCAGCCCGCGUCGCCUGACCACAAACGGCGGAAGUUGAGCAAAUCCAGUGAAUCUAGUGAAAACAAGUCGCCCCACGCGGCCGUCGGAGGGAUGCCCAACAUCUCCAUACAAGGAAUUGAGUAUCCGCAAUUCAAGCUUGAAAAAGGUGCCAGAAAUGUCGAAGAGAUUUGGAAAGAAUACGAGUACGGAAUUAAUGGAAAACCUCCAUUGAAAGAGUUGGAACUCCGGUACAGUGCCAAGUGGAGAAAUGACACCGAGCUGAGAACUUUUGUGAGACGCAAAAAGAUCUAUAGUGCUAUCGAGAUCGGCAAAUCGCUUGGGUACUCUGAGGCCGAUGUCAUCAAAGAGCUUGAAGACUCGCGGUCGUAUUUUUCGAACGGAACCGUGAAAAAGAGGCCACUCAGCUGGUUAUAUACGAAUAUCCCACUCAAGUAUCAAAGUGAUAAGAGUGGAUGGCCUGCCAACAAAUAGCAGUGAUGGGUGUAAAUUAUUAAUGAUGCCCCAGUGAUUCGCUAACCUUUAAGUCAUCGCGAAAAAUUAAUUGUAUAGAAAUUCUGUAUUAUAAUCUAUUAUGGCGCCUUCUAAUGUGGAGCUUGGACCUCAACAAGAUAGAGGCAUCAAGCGGACCGCCGGGUCUGAUAGAGCGUAUGUGAAACGGGGGAAGGCCUCCAAUACGGGUAAGAGACGGUACAAGGUCAAAUCGGUGGAUAAAACCUCACCCCUAGGAGUUUUGGAAUACGAGAUCCAGCAGUUGUUAGAUGCACAUAACUUGACGAAAGACGACGUUGUCAACGAUAUGAAGACGAUUUUGAAUGACUUUGAAUUGGGCCAGACGUAUCAUGUGCUAGUGAGUGGUGUCAAGGUGCUAAAGUUGACUUCCAACGGAGAUGGUAUCAGUAUAAUCGACCACCCAGUUAUUAGCGAUAAGAAGCAAAUCGUCCUAAUUCCAUUUGCAUUACCGGGUGAUGUUGCUGACAUCAAGAUCUACAAAUCACACCCGAUGUAUGUUGAGUCGGACCUCGUUAAGGUGACACAACCAUCUGAAUUCAGAAACGAUGAGCUCAUUAACUGCAAGUAUUUUGGAAAGUGUGGAGGAUGCCAGUACCAGAACGUCUCGUACUCCCAGGCAUUGGAGUUCAAGCGAAUGGUGAUAGAAAAUGCAUACAAGUUCUUUGCUCCACAGUUAUUCAAGAUCUUACCGGCUAUUAACGAGACUGAGCCAUCUCCUUUAACCUAUGGUUAUAGAACCAAGUUAACACCUCACUUCAACAUACCCAACGCCAUAAGAACAGACAAGAGCAGGACAUUGGACACGCGGCCCAGCUUGGGUUUCGGUGCUAAGGGAAGGCCCAAAUGGCGGGAGACGGCUGGAGGUGAUGCUUCUAUCGUGGAUAUCGAGGAUUGUCCUAUCGGUACACCCAUAAUCAACAUUGGCAUGAGUAACGAGAGGAGGAAGUUUGAAGACAGCUUUACAUCAUAUAAAAGAGGAGCCACCAUAUUGUUAAGAGAGCAGACCCAGAAUUCAGAGAGUGCUGAGUUCGAUAGCAGUUCGGAAUCUGCUGGUGUGGACAAUGAGAUCUCCAAGCUUGAGGUUGAUGGAAUGGUCAAAACAUGCGUCACCAACCCCCGGCACAUCGUCACUGAGUUCGUCAAUGGGUUCCAGUUCAAGUUUUCUGCCGGAGAGUUUUUUCAGAACAACAACUCGAUUCUCCCAGCCGUUACUGACUACGUCAAGGCCAACUUGAAUUUGGCAUCUGACUCUGACAAUUAUCUUGUGGACGCAUACUGUGGGUCGGGUCUCUUCUCGAUCACGUGUUCGACCAAUGUUAAGCGAGUGAUUGGAGUCGAGGUUAGUGCCGACUCAGUGAAGUUUGCCCGGUUGAACGCGGAGUUGAACAAGAUUCAAAACGCCCUGUUUAUUGCUGGAAAAGCCGAAGAAAUCUUUAAGGACAUCGAUUUGCCAGCCGACAAAACGUCGGUGAUCCUCGACCCGCCUCGGAAAGGAUGUGAUGAUGUGUUCUUGAACCAGUUAUCUGACUUCCACCCUGCCAAAAUUGUGUAUAUCAGUUGUAACGUCCACAGUCAGGCUCGCGACGUCGAAUGGUUUAUCCACCACACAGAAAAUGGCCACCACUACGAGGUGGUCAGCGUCAAGGGGUUCGACUUCUUCCCUCAGACACAUCACGUUGAGAGCGUAGCGGUGUUGCGGUUAAAGAACGGCUUCUAAGUAAGUAAAUAGCAUUCAAUAUAUCACAUCACCGUAUGGCUG